AUGUCCAUGAAAGGGAUCUCAGCAGUAGAACCAGAUAAGCUCUCUAAGAGAAUAUCUUCCCACAAGGACAAUGAUGCUCAUUCCGGCGAGCUUGACGUGUUUGAGGCCGCCGUGUACUUCUCCGGCUACAACGAAUCCUUAUCCGGCGACCAUAGACACACACAAAAGUAUGGCUACAACGCGGCGAGAGAGGAGAAUCGGAGGAAAUGGGGAAUAUUAGGAGGAGGGAGAAGAAUCAGCUUGGACUUGCCGAUUCGAUGUUCAGAGCAAGUGCAUCAUCUUCACCAAGAUCAUCUUGAGAAGCAAGAAGUUACAACAACGAAGAGGAUUGGUAACGUGAGACACAAGCAACCAAGCUCACCAGGUGGGAAAAUCGCUAGCUUCUUGAACUCUCUCUUCCAUCAAGCGAGUUCAAAGAAGAACAAGUCAAAGUCAAAGCCAGCGGAUCAAGAAGUCGUCGAAGAUGAGAUCCCCGGAGGAGGAUGGAUGAGAAGGAGGAGAAGAAGCAGUAUGAGCCAUUUCUUGGGCUCAAGCAGAUCUAAUUCAACCACCACAACGACAUCAUCCUCAUCAAAAUCUCUGAUUUCUUCAUCAAGCUCGGGUUUUAGAACGCCUCCUCCUUACUUAAACACUCCCACCAAGAACUACAAGCAGUUCUUGAAUUACACUUCUGCCACAAACCAAGUGAAAGUACUAGAGGAAAAGAAGACCAUAAAAGAGUUGUCUUGGCUGGAUGAUAAACUCAAGGUGAUGGAGAGUCUCUCGGAGAAAGAGAAGAUUUGGGAUAAUGAUAAUGAUGAUGAUGAUCAGAGAAUAAAGAGAGAGGGAGAUGAUGAUGAUGAUGGAAUGGAGAGUGAUUCAAGUUCUGAUCUAUUCGAGUUACAAAACUAUGAGUUGUCUCGUGGAGGCUUGCCAGUUUACGAGACUACCAAUGUAGCUAACAUCAACAACACUCAUGUAUGA